UCUCAGCUGCACUUCUGGCCCUUUUAAAAAGUUUGCUCUGGAAAUUGGAAUGAGGUCAGAUUUGGAGCUUCUCAUUGCACGCGGUGAUUAUUAUUGCAUCGGGUUCCAAGCCAAUGGGGGCGAGCGGGGCGGGGUUUGGCACGAGGAAGCGUUGGAAACAGCGGCUGAUUGGCCCGCGCCGGGACUGUGAAAGGAUAAAGAGGCGCGAGGCGGAAUUGGGGUCCGCUCUAAGCUGCAGCCGGAGACACGAGUGCGCGGUGUCGGGGGGCGGGGGGAGAGGCCGCGGCAGCCCGAGCCCCGCUGUGUGCAUGUGCGCGGCUCUCCCCGGAGGUGCUGCGGGCAGAGGAAGGCGACCCGGGACUCAGGGCAUUAAGUCCCCGCUCCUCCUGCGGGGAAGGCACACGCUCCUCCAUGCUCCUCGCCUGCCGGACUGGGGCUUUUUCUUUGCUUUUUUGGGUUUUUUUCCUCUUUUUUUGCAGGGGGGCGGGGGGGACGGGGCUGCCCUACCUCGCACCAGCCCGAUCAGUCCCUGCACCAACUCCUGACCCCUGAGUGCGCCGCCACGAGUCCUGCAGGCCGGGCUUUGCUGCUGCUUUUUUAAUUUUUUUUUUUUUUUUGCCUGUGUUUGGGUGGGUUUUUUUUCUGCUUCUCAAAAAAACCCACCCCCCAAACAAAAACAAAAAGCCCCCCAACAAACAACAACAAAAGCCAAGCACUUGUGAACUGGAAGCAACUGCUGCGGGGCAAAGGGGGGGGACACACACUGCUCAGGAGACGGGGGCACCACUUGGAUUGGAGGCUUGCAGCGAUUUUUCCCCCCUCCCCUCCUGUUUCUUUCUUAAAGAAACUCCGGGGUCCUCUUCUGGCAGCCCGGCCGCUGCAUUCAUAGAGAGCGGCGGCAGCAGCACGAGAGAGAGAAAAAAAAGAAGCAAGGGGGAAGGUCGGACUGCACGAGAGUGGCGGAGACGAGCCUGGCUGGAUCUACAAGUCCUGAGCGGCGGGGGCUCGGCGGCGGCGGCAGCAGGAGGAGCGGCGGCGGCCGGGGGGCUGGAGCUCGGGGCUGGGCUGCCCGGCGGGGCUAGCUGGGGAAGCGGAGCCGCCUGCGCGGCGCGGGUGCGGAGCCGGCCCCAGCCAUGGUGCAGCAGACGAGCAACCCGGCGGACAACACGGAGGCGCUGCUGGCCGGCGAGUCGUCGGACUCCGGCGCCGGCCUGGAGCUGGGCAUCGCGUCCUCGCCCACGCCGGGCUCCACCGCGUCCACAGGGGGCAAAGCGGACGACCCGAGCUGGUGCAAGACGCCCAGCGGCCACAUCAAGCGGCCCAUGAACGCCUUCAUGGUGUGGUCGCAGAUCGAGCGCAGGAAGAUCAUGGAGCAGUCGCCGGACAUGCACAACGCCGAGAUCUCCAAGCGCCUGGGCAAGCGCUGGAAGCUGCUCAAGGACAGCGACAAGAUCCCCUUCAUCCGGGAGGCGGAGCGGCUGCGGCUCAAGCACAUGGCGGACUACCCCGACUACAAGUACCGGCCCAGAAAGAAGGUGAAGUCGGGCAACAGCCCCGCCGCCAAGCCGGUCGACAAGGCGGACAAGGCGGGCGCGGGCGCCGCCCCCGCCAAGCCCGCGGCCAAGAAGAGCUGCGGCUCCAAGCUGUGCCCCGGCCCGGCCAAGCCGCACGCCAAGCCGGGCGGCAAAGCGGCGUCCUUCCCCGGCGAGCCGAGAUACACCAAACCGAAGUACGACAGAGAAAUAUUACAGAAAAUGUAA